AUGAGCGACGGCGACGGCGACGAUAACUACACCACCGACGACAGCGACGUCUGCGCCUACGCCAACCCCCACACGCACACGACGACCAGUGCCCCGCGCGAAGAAGUCGAGCGAGAGCGGGGCGCAGGAGAGCUCGUCGUCGUCGAGUUCGAGCUCCACGACAACGGCGACAACUCGUCCUCGUCGUCGAGCAAGUCUACGCGUGCCCGGUCGUCUUCCUCACAGAGCGACUCAACGUCGUCGGAGACAAGUACGCCCUCCUCCUCCACCGACGCCGCAACCAACUCGACCUCGACCCCAGCGCCAGAUAACGGCCCCGCAGCGGUCACCUCCACGACGCUCAUCACCGUCGGGCCGAGCCCUACCGGCGUGUCUGACGGCGCGCAGAUCUACUUCCCCACCUCGAACGACUGGUGGGUCCUCAACGCCGGCGUCGUGAUCCAGUGGGCGCCGGCCCUCACCGUGCCCGUCGACAUCAUCCUCACCAACCCGGAUGAGCGGAUCAUGCCGUAUGCGUAUUACAUGUCGAGUGCGGUACCCCCCGGCUUCACGUCCAUGCAGCUGUCGGUUGCGAACCCCGCCAUCCCAGGGCCGGGGUACAUGCUUACUCUGCGCGACUCGCGCAACCAGAGCCGCGACUACGCCAUCUCCGAGCCGUUCGAGAUCCGCCGCUCGGGCGCCAAACCCGUCGUGCCGGCCGGGUUCGCGACCAUCACCGCUGUCGACCCGGAGUAUAACCCCCAGCCGUUCGGGAGCGGGGCGGGGCGGGCCGCGGGGCCGGGGUUGCUGGCGGCGGCUGGGGCUGGGGCGAUCGCUGCUGCUGUUGCCUGGACACUGUAG